AAGCAAUUCUCUUUCUUUACUUUCUUUUCAGUCUGAUUCAAAAUUUUCAUAUAUUCGUUAUUCACAGAAUCUGACGUCUAGGAAUAAGUUUGCAUUAAUUUUGAAUUUAAAUUGAAUGCUUUUUUCUCUUUAAUCAUGACAUCCAAAGUUACUUUUAAAAUUACUUUAACCUCAGAUCCAAAACUGCCAUUCAAAGUGUUGAGUGUCCCGGAAAACACUCCUUUCACUGCAGUAUUAAAAUUUGCUGCUGAAGAAUUCAGGGUAACACCAGCCACGUCAGCAAUUAUCACUGAUGAUGGUGUUGGGAUUAAUCCUCAACAAACUGCUGGCAAUGUAUUUUUGAAACAUGGUUCAGAACUGAGAUUAAUACCUAGAGAUCGUGUUGGUGGAUGAUUUAAGAGAAAUUAUAUUUAUUAUGAUUAAUAAAAAAUUUUAUUCUUAUUUUUAAUUAUAUAUUUACAAUAAAUAUUCUCAAUUAAUAUUAAUUGAAUAAUAAUUAUUAUAAAUGAAAGGAAAAAAAUUCAAUAUUUCUAAAUAAAAAAAUUACAUUAAAAAAUGACGAUUAUGUAUUAAGGAAAAGGUUGAGGAUACUUUGAUAAUGAAUAUUAAAAAACUUUAUUGUUGUUUAGUAGAAAGUUUUUAUAGAUGAAAUACAUGAAAGAUAUAAAUUCGAUACAAAGAGACGUCACUACUAAUUGUAAGAAAAAUCUACUUUACGGAUCAGCUUUAUAGCUCUAAAUAUUGCCAUCAGCAUUGAGAUACCUAUCAGGCUUUGAUCCGAUUUUUAUUGAUCAGUGAUAUUAUUCUAUAUUUUCACGAUUAAUUAUCUCAUUUGAAUAUUAUUAAAAGAAAUUUAUAAAAUUAUCGACCAAAAAACUACAUUACUAUAGGACAGAUGAUAAGAUAAUUGAGUAAUAAAUAAUUAGCUAAUAAUUAAUUAUUGAGUUACUUGUAAAAUUCAUCAAAAAAUUACAUAUUAUAUGAGUAUUUCCGUAUCAAAAUUUUUAAAUUAUACAAUCAAUAUUUGUCAGAACGCUGCUCUUAAGGAUAAACGAGGUUUUCAAAAUGUUUGUUAUCAAAAUUUUUUAAAUAUUUUUCUUUUUAAUCGGCGUGAAAUAUUCUUUUUGGCACCUCGUUAGUCGUCUACUAUAUCAGAAACAGGUGUUACUUUUUGCUUGUAUUAAUUAACGUUGUAUGUUAUAAUUUUUUUUUUUCAAAUUCAUUAUCGAAAUCAUUCCACAAAACGUUAAUUAUUCAAGCUCCAAAAAAAGGAUGGUAGCACCAGAUUGAAUUACAUUACCCUUAAUAUACAUACAAUCACCAGUUAUAAUAUUAAAAAAUGUAAAUUUUUCAUCUGAAAUAAUGUUUUCAUGGUAAUAAAAAAAUAUUAUAUAGAAAAA